AUGGUAUGGGUGAGCGACCGAGGGUUCAAGGACUUUGGCACGGGAGUUUUCGCGGCUGCAAGGAACAGUAGAGACGCAGUCCUCGGCCAACGACCAGAAGACCGAGAUCUAGCCAUGGUAGCCCGGAUCGGUUCGCUCUUGAAACUGAGGCUCACGUCGGAAGAUGUCGGGACGAUCGGCGAUGCAGCUUUCUCAAAACGCUUGAAAAUUGUCUAUGACGCCAUCGUAACGUUCUGCGCGCUCACCUUCAUCCGAUUAGUGGGUUGGGCUGAGGUGAGAAAAGACGUCCGCAGGGGUUCGCUUGCCAGCGUCGGAAGAAAGGGAUCGAUUUUCCGUAGUCAAGUCUUGUGA